CAAUUAAUCACAAAUGUAUUGUUAAUCAUUUUACUCAACUUUCUGUACUCUUUAAUAAACCACACAAAAUACUUAGGAGUCCUUGUUGUGUAUGUGGAACAACAGCAGCCUCUAGUGGUCAAGACAUUAAAACAUAUUUCAUACACAAACUGCCUCUUAUGCCACUGGGUUUUUUAAAGCAUGUAUUUUUGUAGAUUUUGUUAUUUAGUAAUCAUUAUAAGGACGUUAAAUCCUGAUCUAGUACAUGAUUGCCUUGAAUGCACUGUAAGUUGCUUUGGAUACAAAUGUUUGACAACUGCAUUUAAUCUAAACUGUGACUCAUAAAAUAUGAUAAAUUAGUCAUAUGUUGGGUUUCCUAGUGUUGAAUGUCAUAGUACAAGAACAUAACAUACUCUGGAUUUUACACAAAUUCAGCUCACUGCAAUAGCACAGUGCAAGCAGAUAUCGAAAGAUAGUUGUGUGUUUUUACCACAGCUUGUUCCCCUUUCAAAGUAGAAGAACAGUGAACAUAUGUGCACUCAACUUUUCCGCUGCCAACCUCAGAUGUGAGGUAGAUAAGCUGAGGCUGUGUGUGUGAGACAGAGAGAGAGAGAGAGAGAGAGAGAGAAUAACUACAUGUGUGCUAACAUGCUGGAAGAAAACUACAGGAACUGACAGUUGGAGGAGGGUGUGAUGCAUAACCGAAGCCUUACGCUGUCACACAGCAAACUAAAAUGCACCGGGCAGUAGACUACACUCUCAUGGGAGAGCCAGGAAGGACAUCGCCGCCUGCACUACCCAUCAAACAGCGCAGGAGCAAGUCUUCUUCAAACUCAAUCCAGGAUCUCGAGAUGAACAUGGGAGACGUGCACUUGUCUGCACCACAGACCCCCUUGACUCCAUUUGGCGAAGUGUUUCUAUCUACUGACUGUAAUGACAUCCACUGUCCUAUACAUCGAUACGAAAAUCACCAGGCGAGGUUCUUCUCCGACCAAACUCCUCCUCCUCCUCCCAUACCUAAAAAGACUCUUAAAAGAACGUUAUCCCUGCCAGCGGAUGCUUUUGACCCACCAUCCCUCGCUCCCUCAGCAACCUACAACUAUGAAAAUCCCCUUUACAUGAUAUCACCAUUCCAAGACCAAUUGGCGCUACAAGGGGACCACAAGGAAGAGCAUGGUGAAGGUCUGUCUUUGCACCAGGUGACUUUUGAUAUCCCAGACGAGCAACUAAACAGACUCCUCAGGAGCUUCGGGAGCUAUGAGCAGCUUUCCACCGGCAUUCAAGAGUGCUAUCUUCAGUUUCUGAGGAACACGAUGCAGAACAUUGAAAUGGGUGUCUUUUUGAAUGAGCAGGAGAACGAGACUGUAAGGACAUCUCAGCCAAAUGACUUUCUACUUUGUGAAUACCAGUGGAACGAGAGGGACCUUUACUACUUAGUGUGUUGUCCAAAGGUUCCUAGGAGGUUGUUCGCAGCACUGGUUCAAGAAGAUGACUCUGCAUCAGAUUGUCCUGUACCUUUCCUUCAUCCAAACAUCCAACAAGGCGUGAUCCAUUUCCCACAAUGCACAGCAUCAACUCAUGCCUCACAAUCUGAGCGUCCCGAGACAACACCUGAGCCAUCACAUGGGGGCAGCACAGAGGCAUGCGGACAGCAAACAGUCAUCUCUCUUCUCGAGAAAGGUGUCAGUGUGACCGUACUAAGAGAUUUUCCUUUGGGGACACUUGAGGACUUUGUUAAGGAGGGACAUUCUUUGCACUGCACCUAUCCUGAAGUUUAUGAGAGGAGACUUUGUCUUCUCAUCCUCCAGUUGGUAAAAGGACUACAGCACCAGGGGAAUGUAGUUCACCGGGAACUGAAACCACAAAGUUUCAUGUUGGUGUGGCCAAGUGUUAUAUUGAAAGCGGUCGAACCCAGGGAAUUCCCGGAUGGGAUGAAGAACGAAAGGGUCAUGAAUUCAGACACUUGUAACCUUGAGAUCACAGUCUCCAGAGAUCAAACAGCCAACGGGAAGAUGAGAGGUGAGAUGUGUCAGACCAUGUGGGAGAAACGGGGAACCCCUCGGUUGGUGCUGAGCUGCAGUUUAGAGGAUGAUGUUUUUAUGGAAGCAACAUCGCAGGAGCACCAGUUGGGAGAUUUGUUGAGGUACUGUCUACAUCUCACACACAGUGACUUAUCCCUCUGCCAAGACUCUCCAUAUUCUGAAGGAUUGCUUUGGUUGGUGACUCAACUUACAUUGGAGAAACCUGGGAUAGUAAUGGCUGAUGUGGCAAGUGCCCUCCAGGUCUUGCUUUGGGGUCCACGAAAGGGUCUCUUCCAGCAGAACCAACUGGACAGUUCUUUGUUUUCUAACUGGCUGUUAGUUAAGAGGACGCUUUUGGUUCUCAAGCUUGCAGAGAAGGGACUGUUUCAAGAUCAACGUGGCUUGGACUGGGAAGAUUAUCUCUGUCUGCAAUAUCUAUGCUUUACGGACAUUGAGAAUGUCCGUAGAAUAACUGCACACAUGGGCCUUCACAACUUUGCGAGAACAAUUUAAAUUGAUUAAAACUUGGUCUCGCUUUUGUAAAUCAUCUAUCAAAUGAAUAAACGGUAAAUGUAAAUCGCCAGUCGGCAAGCCACUAGUACAGCUUACACCUUGAGUUUUAAGAUAUAAGAUCCAUCUACACUUUCCAAAUACAAUAAAUGGAUUACACUAUGGUACAGGCAGGAAUGUCAUGAUUCUCAAAUUUAGUUGACGAUUAAUAGCGUAAUAAUCAUUGUUCGUUUUUACAGUUUUAUAACAGCUAGUUGUCAUACAAAACGUUCAAGUCUCUUAAUCUCUGUGUGCUUCAUUAAAAAUAUAAUUUAAUCCU